GACGAGUGAGCAGGCUGGCGUUGAUCGUAUUCUGUCGAGGGUGUCGCCAUUUUCGUUUUGACGAAUAUUGACAGCACGGCAGACAGACAGUGGCGCGGUCGUCGACGCAGCGUCUGCUCGACUAUUUUUAUUUUGAUUGUGAUUCACAUAGUGAACUGAUUACAUUUACUUACACGUAGUGUAACGUUUAUAAUAAAUCAAUUGUUAACUGCACAUAAUUUCGUGAUUAGUGAUCGACGAUACAUGAGGGACUUCGAUUUUUGGUGCUAACCUCUUUUUUUACUUAGUGUUUUUUUAAGAGAACUGCAAGACUGUGAUCGAUAUGUGCAAGAUGUAUUACAGAUGACUCUGCGAUAUAUUUCGUGCUUCGUUGCUUCUCUGAUGCGCCGGCGCAGCUGGUGAUCGCGGCGGGAUGCAGGGCGGCGCGCCCGCCGCGGACGCCGACCAGGCGCAGUUCGAGGCGGACAAGCGCGCUGUUUAUAAACAUCCCCUGUUCCCGCUGCUAGCGUUACUGCUGGAGCGCUGCGAGCAGGCGACGGCGGGGGCGGAGGCGCCCGCCGCGGACGCAUUCGGUGCUGACUUGCAGGCGUUCGUGCAACACCAGCGCCGCGACCGCAGGCCUUUCCUCGUCGACGACCCAGAGAUAGACGGACUCAUGAUUAAAAGUAUACAGGUGCUGCGGAUCCACCUGCUGGAGCUGGAGAAAGUGCAGGAGUUGUGCCGCGACUUCUGCGGCCGAUACAUCGCCUGCCUUAAAACAAAGAUGCAGAGCGAGAACCUACUCCGCACAGACUAUACCUCAGGUGGGAUAGAGAGCAACAAUAAUCUGUCGGGCACAAUGGACGACCACUCCAGCACCAGCAACUCACCGCAGUAUCAGGUACCAAAAUCGCCGCCAGCGCCCCUAGCGGCGGCGACGUACCCCGCGGUGUUCCCCCCGCACGCCGCGCUCCCCGCACACGCCCCGCACGCGCCCGCAGACAUGCACUACGCGCAGACACAUAGAGACCCCGCAUCCAUGGUGGUGCAGGGGUCCACACCUAUCAGUCAGAUCGGAGCUGGGCUGGUGGCGGCUGAUACCUUCACAGGCACAAACUCGAGCACAUCGAACCAGUCAGCGCUGUCUCAGUCGUGCUCCUCUCUGUCAGGCUCGCCCCCGCCCGACGACGAGGAGGAGGGCGGCAAGCGCGGCGUGCUGCCCCGACACGCCACGCAGGCCAUGCGAGCCUGGCUCUUCCAGCAUCUAGUGCACCCGUACCCGACAGAGGAGGAGAAGCGUUCCCUGGCGGCACAGACGCGGCUGACGCUGCUGCAGGUCAACAACUGGUUCAUCAACGCGCGCCGCCGCAUCCUGCAGCCCAUGCUGGACUGCAACGACAAGCCGGGAGGAAAGAAAAGUAAAAAUGGUUCGUCUAUAAGCAAAAGGUAUUGGCCUGACGCGCUCACCAACCCACAGUACACGGCGGGUUUAUUAUCAUCAUCUGAGGAUGAAGAACAAGAUGGCGAGCAGUCAGGUGAGGAGCAGGAGAGUCAGCACGAGGAGUCCAGCGACCCUGCCUACCCCAUACAGCAGAGCAUGCACUAAACAACAGUCAGACAAUUUAAUUCGCUUCUCAUUUACAAUCGAAUACCAUAACGUCACGGUAAUUUUAUUACAUACUAGUUGUCGCCCGCGACUCCGUCCGCGUGGAAUAAAAACAAAAAUUAGUUUCCGGCAAUUAUAUUUUCACACAUUUUAAACAUUCCCUAGACCUCCACGUUUUAAGAUCAAAAUAAAUCCUUUCUGCCGUUCUCAAUUUUUAACGAGAUUAAUGGACAGCAAUUGAUUUUUAUAUAUAUAGAUAGACAAGGCUCUGAACCGGUGGGUAUAAGUCAAAGUAAGAAAAUUGUUGUGGAAGAAAAAAUAAAUGAAAACAGAAAAGUACCCUUUCCAACAUGAUUAUUUAGUAUUCGGUCGUAAUUUUGUAAUAUUAAUUAAAAUUGAGUGCAUGUAUGAAAAGUUUGUCUAAUAUUUUGAUUUUAAAGUAUAUACAAAUUGCCUCUUGUUUAUUGAAAAAUUAUUUGACGAUAUCAAUAGAAAAAAUCUUAUAUCCAAAUAAAAUCAUAACCUAAAAAAUAUAUGACGGUUUUUCGUUCAUCAAAUCAUGAAAUUAAAACGAAGUAAAAAACUCAGGAGUUGUUUAACUUGUAAAGACGUAAAUUAAUUAUAAAAUCCAUAAACAAGAGACUUGUCAUUUGGCGGGAAGUCAUGACAACCUUUUUUUUU